AUGCUCGACCAGUUUGUGAUUCUAUCCAAGACUGGAGCUAUAUUGUGGUCAAAAGAUUUCUUACCAAAUGUUCGAAAUGCCCAGAUUCUCCCGCGCGUGAUCGAGUCUGCGUUUUUUGAGGAGCAUACUGCGUCAUCGAGGUUGGAUUUGGACAAGUUCACGGUGCGCUGGUCCAUGUCGAAUGAACAUGAAUUGAUUUUUAUUGCAAUAAAUCAAAGAAUCUUGACUUUGAAUUACGUGGAAUCCUUCCUCCUGACUGUCCAAAGGUUGUUCACGAGACGAUACGGUGACAUGAUCGAAAGCUUGAAGACAUACUCGACGUCACGUCAAACUCUACUUGCUUACGCAGAAGAUAUCAAGCUUUGGGAUAAGGAGUUCAUGACCCUUCUUCGACAGCAUGAAAAGAGCCGGGCAGGGAUAAAGCCAGCUGAACCUUCUCCGUCCAGUCCUCCAUCCGAACCAUUACCCUGCAUGAAUGAAAACGAAAUUUUGAAGCCCACAAAUACGGAUGCCCCAAAAAGUGUGAUGGCCGCUAGCGCUGGAGGACGUCGUGUUGUCUCUGCGAAGUCCAAGAAAAAAGGUAAAGAUGCUACCUCGCUGUCACCUAGCACCGCUAAGCUACAGCCGCAAAGCAAAAAGGCGGCAGGUACCAAGUCGCAACGCAAAUGGGAUGAAAAUGGGAUCGCGACGGAGCACGACAUGGCUUCGCUUGACUUCAGUCAGGGCGAUUCUGGAGGUAAGGCUAAUUUGUCGCAUUGGAUUGAUGAGUCCAAGCUUGGCAAGACCCGCAGUGAUGGUGUAUAUGAAUUAGCUGAUGAUGAUGAUAAUUCUACUACAGGCCAAUCUCAGGGACUGUUCGGUUUCUUAAGCUCAGGACCUACGUCUUCGCUUAUAUCACGAAUUACCGGUGCAAAGAGGUCGUUAACAAAACAGGACCUCGCUCCCAUAUUGCACAAGAUGCAGAUGCAGAUGCAGUCGAAAAAUGUGGCGAACGAUGUAGCCUCUCUGAUUUGUGAAGGAGUGGAAAAACGUCUUAUUGGAGAGCGGAUGGGAAGUUUUGGGAGCGUCAAGGCAGAAGUUCGAGCAUCCCUCGAAGAGUCUAUUACGCGCAUUCUCACACCAAGUACGAGUACGGAUAUUCUUCUUGAGAUUGCGAGCCGUAAGCAGCGACGUCAAGAAAUUCUCGCGAAGCAGCCCUCCCAGGCUAUGGCUCAUCAGGACCUACCGGAACUGAAUCCGUAUUCUAUUGGAUUUGUGGGGGUAAAUGGUGUUGGAAAAUCGACCAACCUCGCGAAGGUAUGCUUCUGGCUUCUUCAAAACCAAUACCGUGUCUUGAUCGCAGCGUGCGAUACGUUCAGGAGUGGCGCUGUUGAGCAGCUUCGUACGCAUGUGCGCAACCUUGGCGAGCUGGAAAUCAACGGCCAUCGCGUGGCGGAUGGUCUGCCUGAUUCAGGUGCCGCUAUUUUGGACUUGUAUGAGCGUGGUUAUGGUAAGGACGCUGCUGGUAUUGCGCGCGACGCGCUCACAUAUGCUCGCAGCCAAGGCUUCGACGUCGUCUUGAUUGACACAGCGGGUCGUAUGCAAGAUAAUGAGCCACUUAUGCGCGCUUUAGCCAAGUUGAUCGCUGUGAAUAACCCGGAUAAAGUACUUUUUGUGGGCGAGGCAUUGGUGGGCAAUGAAGCCGUGGACCAGUUGACAAAGUUUAAUCGAGCAUUGAAGGAUUAUAGUGGCAUGUCGAACCCACGUGGGUUGGACGGGUGCCUUCUGACCAAGUGGGAUACGGUCGAUGAUAAAGUGGGCACAGCUCUCACGUCAACAUGGGCAACAGGGCUGCCCAUUUAUUUUGUUGGCACAGGUCAGACAUACACUGACCUGCGUCAGUUACGUGUUGCGCUUGUCGUCAAUGCAUUGUUGCGCGAGUAG